UUGGUCUCACUCCUUCUGUGACACACUCGAACACACAUAAAGAUCUGAUGGGUCAAGAAGGGAAAAUAGUAUUUUAUCAACGCCUCUGCAAUUGAUUAAUCCAGUCUUUGAGCAUGGCAGACAACUCUGUAUGACAUCAUGUGAACAUAACAUAGACAGGACACUAGUAAAGCGCUGCUGGGAGAGGAGAUGCUCUAUUGUACAGCGGGCUUGAAAGGAAGGAGCGCGUGUGUGGCGCUGAUUAUUUUGGUAUCAGACUCGGAAGCAUGUGGAGAAGCAGGGACGCGUCUGAUUAGCAUGCCAUUGCGUUCUGGCGACUACAUGGGAUUAUUUCAGAAGACUUCGAUCCAGCUUUCAGCAGAAAAGAUCAUCAGAAUGCCACCGGACACACCAUGGAUUUAAACAAUUAUGUAUACAUCCUGUCUUGGAGGGGUGAAGAAAUAAGAAAGUUAGUCAGGUGUCAUUGCCUGUAAAAUGCCUCUCCAGCAGAUCUCGGUUGUCCCUGUCAGGGAAACGGCCAGCAAUGGAAGAAGUGCAAGCCGAAACAAAGAAAAAAAGGAUUCUGAGAAUGAUAAAUCACCAGGACGCUCAGCUAGCCGAUCAAGUAAUAUUUCUAAGGCAAGCAGUCCGACGACAGGAACGGCGCCCAGAAGUCAGUCCCGGACGUCUGUCACCCCUUCCACUCAGGAUAUCUGCAGGAUCUGUCACUGCGAAGGCGACGAUGAAAGUCCUCUCAUCACGCCGUGCCGCUGCACUGGAACACUGCGCUUUGUCCACCAGUCAUGUCUACACCAGUGGAUCAAAAGCUCGGACACCCGCUGCUGUGAGCUCUGCAAAUACGACUUUAUAAUGGAGACGAAACUCAAACCUCUACGCAAGUGGGAGAAAUUUAAUAUAACAAGAAGUGAAUGGAAAAAAAUCAUCAAGACUAUUGCUGUUUACAUUGUUGCUUUAAUCUGUGUCAUCUGGUCCCUUCAAAUAUUAAUAGAUCGGACAGCUGAUAUGAUCUACUUGUCAAAUGGCAAUGGAAUCUUCAGCUGGACUUUAUGGGUGAAGAUUGUCAUCGCUCCUCCCUCACUUAUCUUAAGUAUCGUCAUCUUGUAUGCCGAGCGUAAAUUUUAUAUUAAUCUGUGGAAACGGCUUAAGGCACAUAACAGUAUGAUCCUCAUUCAGAACUGCCCAGAAACUAAAACUGAGGUUGAAGAACAACAAUCUUCUUGUAACCACUGCGACAGUUCAGAGAUGCCAACACUGAUACUGAAAAAGUCCACAGACUUUAUGAAGGGUGAAGCCUUGGUGCCCGAGGUGACUCUGGUGUAA